AUGGCACAAUAUGCAAUGCACAUGGCUAAUGUCUGCGACGGUUUCUCUAUCAUAGAUCCUAAUUUUCUGGCUUUGUGGAUGGCUUCCUCUGAGGUAGACCAGAAGGCCUUGGGCAAUUUCGCGGCCUUAACCAGCCUCGAAAACCCCUUCUUGUCCACAAUGCUUUAUAGAGUUCUAGGCCUUUCGGUCAUGCUUUCGAAGAAGCUACUUCGCGCACGACGAUUACGGCGACUGGACCCUAGCCGAGAAACCAAGUCGCUCCAGUUAUAUCAUCAUAUCUUAUGGCUCUCCCGUGAAGGAUUACUGAUUUUGGAAGAGUUUGUUCUCCCGAUGGUUCAGGGAUAUGUGGAACUGAAGAUCCUAGCCUAUAAACUCCGAGCAUCUUUUUACCACAUAUUUGUACUUUUCCACAAUCAGCCCGCAGUUCACUGUCCGGGUAUCACCAGUUUCCCGAGCAAUGGUACCAAACUAAACGACGCACCAAAAGCCGAAUCACCAGGUAAAGAACCUGGGUCAAGGUUCUCGUUUAGAUUGAACGCAGAGUCAAUAUCAGUCCCUGAACAGCCAGCUUACAGCUCGGGGAACGUCUCUCGGUACACUGCUCUCCAGGUUCCCCCGGGACUUGCACCCGUUCAAACGCCCAAGGCGUCGUCCUUUCUUCUUCCUGCUCUCGACUACACCCCUACGGCGACGGCAUGCUUCAAUCACGCGUCUCUCUUGGCUGAACGAUUUCUUCCUGGCUCCCACCCUUUGCGUCUGUCUAUUAAGCUCGAAUAUGCCGCGUAUCUUUACGAUUGCCUCCAUGAUUCCAAUGCUUGUCGGCGGGUGGCCAAACAAGCUAUAGCGGAUGUGUAUAAAGCCCAAGAGGCUAUGGAUGAUGAAAGCUUCGCGGAUGCCGCUGAGAUCGUUGGAAUAUUGGGAAAGAUGGUUAAGCGAGGAGGCAAGACUAGCAGCACUGAAGGUAGCAGUACGGCCUCUGCGACACUUCGGGGCGGGAGUUCGAGGAGUGAAAUUGGUGAUACACCGGCAACAGUCACGCCAGUGCCACCGGUAACAGCAUCACCAAAGACUCACAAUGACUUGCCGCCGGCCGUUCCUGACCCUACCAUGAUGAACCCAAUCUAG